GCCCCUCGGGUUCCUGUAACCUUGGAUGUCUCGUACGCCUUCUCCCUAACAACCAACCGGGUCUACACGUCUAUAAAUGGGGAUCUGUUCUUCGUGCCUUGGGUCUGGUCGUCGAGACAACACCGACCCCGAAUCCUCUCGGUUACUCGACGAUGACAUUUAUCAGCCCGGAUAUGGCUAUGGGGCGCUCAACAACAACCAGCAGGGCAAUCAACCCGACCCCAGCUACGGAAGGCGGGAGCGCGAGGCCCUUGAAGCGAUCUGCCAACGAACGUCAGACUCUGUAAUCGAUAUAUGGUCUCUCCAACCACAACCCCAUCUUCAGCCGCAAGCCACACUCCACAACUCCGUCUCCUCCUCAUCCUCGAAAGUCCGCGAACACUCAGUCGUAGUAACAACAGUCGAAUCCGACACACCCGCCGAUUCGGCAUCAACGAAACCGGGCGCCGUUCCGAAACACUGGGGCGAGGUGGUGAUCAACCCGCGGAAGGGCAGGCGAUCAAGACCAGGAUCAAGCGGCGACGAGGACGACCCUGCCAAAGAUGUCUUCGGUGUCUUGAAGGUCACUUGAAAUGGAUGAACAGGGCCCCAGCCGGGCCUUCUGGUCAGAAACCAGCCAGCCAGCUCCGUCAUGGUGAUCGGUACGACACGGAAACGAACGAGUUGACGAACGACCGAAUUCGAAUUUCGAAUUCUAAAUUCAGCAAGCAAACCCGAGAUAGCAUACACUCACUUCCUUUGUUUCCUUGUUUCCUUGUUUUUAUUUAUUUAUUUUUUCCUUUUUUUUUUUUUUUUGCUCUGGUGUCGCCGGUCGAGACCGGUUUGUCUAUUGUUCUCUAAUCCGUUCCGC